UGCCGAAAUCAAAAAGGGAUAAAAAAGAUUUCCUUAACGAAGACCGAUAAGAAGGGUCUAGCUUUGAAACAAAAAAUUGUGGAAGAUGUCAGGGAAUCAGUUGGAAAAUUUAAAAGUAUUUAUGUAUUUACCUAUAAAAACAUGAGAAACGAAACAAUGAAGGCUGUGAGACAGGAAUGGAAACCCAGCAAGUUUUUCUUUGGCAAAAAUAAAGUUAUUUCAAUAGGCUUGGGUAGGACACCAGAAGAAGAGGUUGAAGAUGAUUUACAUAAGUUAUCAGAAGUGUUGAAAGGCCAAUGUGGACUACUAUUCACAGACUGUACCAAAAAAGAAGUGAAGGAAUGGUUUGAGAGUUAUUCUGUGGGUGAAUAUGCUAGAUCAGGAUUUAAAGCGAAAACUACUAUUAAAUUGGAUGCAGGUCCUUUGAAACAGUUCUCACAUGCCAUUGAACCUUAUUUGAGGCAGCUUGGAAUGCCUACAAAACUAGACAAAGGUAUUGUUACAUUGAUCAAAGAUUUUGAAGUCUGUAAGACAGGUAGUGUCUUGACACCUGAGCAAGCUAAAAUUUUAGAAUUGUUGGAUCAUAGGAUAGCUACUUUUAAGCUCAUAUUGAAAGCCAAAUGGACUAGGGGCAAAGGUUUUGAAAAAUUCAAAGUUGAAGAUGAAGACGAGGAUGAAUGUGAAGAACAGAAUGAAGAUGAACAGAUGGAAGAGGACAAUUAG